AUUAUAAAUUAAUUUAUUAUAAAUAGUAUAUUUUAUUUAUGUACAUGAAUUAAGUUAUGGAUAUAAAAUAUAAUGGAUUCUGAUAAAAACAAUGAAAAUAAUAAAAUUAAUAUUUCGGUUGAAAUGAAAACUACUUCUCAAAAAAGAGAUGAAGAUAAUAUGUAUGAUACGAAUGAUACAAAUCUAAUGAUUGAUAAUAUCGCAACAGAUGAAAGAAAACCGAAGAAAAAGAUAACUAUAACUGUAGACGAAGAUGAUCCAUGUCUUAAACAGGAAGACAAAAAAAGACAUGUACGAUUUGUAUUUCCUGGUGAAGAUCCAAGAUUUCAACAACAAAAUCAAACAUUACGCUGUUGGGUAAUGUACCAUGAUUUCUAUCGUUGCGAGCGUACUUUAGGAGAGGGAUCAGACGUAUGCACUUGGUUUAAACAAGUCUUUACAUCUAUAUGUCCAAGGGAAUGGAUUAGUCGAUGGGAUGAACUUAGGGUUAAGGACAAAUUAAUCUAACACAAAUAUAAAAAUCAAGGGAAAUUUCCUAGUAACAAAUAUAGAGUUUAGGAAGAUUGUAUAUUGUUUUCUAUGGCUAAGGGAUAUAAACUUAAGUUUAAAAAUAAAUAAACUCGCAAUUAGAAAAAAAUAUUAAUCUUUUAUUAUACAGGUACAAGACUUUUAUGAGGUAACUUAUAUAGAAGUAUGAAAUGAAUAUUUGUUGCAAUGCCCGACGUUGGCCAGUCAUUCGGCUGCCUUCAACAAUCGGUCAACAAUAUCUUCUUUCUCUUUUACAUUAAUCACACUAGUUACUUGCAGUUCAUAUAUGACACUUUUUACAUAUGUAAAAAAUAAACACUUGCAGCAAAUUUUCUUUAAAUUUUCGUUAGAAUAGAAGCUUGAAAUAGCACAGUAUUAAAAAUUUUGCUUUUUUUAAAAUUUAUGAUCUUAUAUAAUAAAAUUGCUACUUUAAUUUGUGCACAAACUCUUGCCGUGAUGAAGAUAACUUACCAUCUUCGGGUGUUACUUCUGCUUGUUAACAGCUUCCAUCUAUGUGGGAUUUUGCAUUCUCAGAAAUAGUAGUAU